CCUGUUCACCCGCGUAAAUACACGGCUGUGUAAAACGCAACAUUCCCCGAUCACACAUGAUUAAAUCAAGACAUCUGGUGUUUUUCCUGGAGGUGACUCCCGCAGAGUUUCACUCACGACACGUCCAAGGGAACGUCAUUUAACUACAAGCUUGAGGGUGCUAGCUCUUUUGCGGGUCUCCUGUCUAGCGAUUUCUUCCCGAUUGCGUAUGGCUCGGUUAUCGUCCUCAAACAAAACAACAAUAAUGCUACAAGACUACAAUACCCCGCCCCAGAGGAGCAGAGGCGGAUGGGCAGACCUGAUUGGGCAAAACGGGGGCCCGGUGUGCUCGUGAUAUUCAUAAGCAGGAAAUUGUCCUACAGACUCGGCGUUGAAAUUCGCGGCGUACUGAAGCGGAUUGCAGCUGGCUGGAUGUUUUUGAGUGUCGCUCUGCGCAAACAGGGUCCCCAAUGGCGGCUCUAUUCCACGGUCUUCGCAGAGUGGCCCUGAAAGUGAGGGGGCAACGGGCGCUCUGUCGGGGUCCGGCGUCCUCGAUCCUGUGCGGGGGGAGAGGGCUCCCAGUCUGCGGCGGGAGCCCAGAGCGCCUGUUCCACUCCACGCGGGCCCAGGGGGGGCCAGGCGGAGCCGCGCAGGCCUCUGCGCCAAACAGGCUCCCCUUUGCCACCAUCUCCCGGGAGGACCUGGCCUUUUUUGAGCAGCUGCUGCCAGGGAGGGCCAUCACAGACCCCGAAGUGCUGGAGCCGAGCAACGUGGACUGGCUCCAGUCCGUACGAGGCUCCAGUGAGCUGCUCCUGAGACCUCGAACAACAGAAGAAGUCUCUCAUAUUCUCAGGUAUUGCAAUGAGCGCAAGCUGGCAGUGACACCCCAGGGUGGUAACACAGGGUUGGUGGGAGGCAGUGUGCCCGUGUUUGACGAGAUCAUCCUUUCCACAGCCCUCAUGAACCAGGUCCUGAGCUUUGACAGCGUGUCUGGCACCAUCACCUGCCAGGCUGGCUGCGUGCUGGAGAACCUCUCCAGCUUUGUGGAGGAGAGGGAUUUCAUCAUGCCCCUGGACCUUGGUGCAAAGGGCAGCUGCCACAUUGGGGGCAACGUGGCCACUAAUGCCGGGGGGCUCAGACUGCUGCGGUAUGGCUCCCUGCGAGGCACGGUGCUGGGGAUGGAGGUGGUGCUGGCCAAUGGGAAGGUCCUGAACUGUCUGACAGGUUUGAGAAAAGACAACACGGGCUACGACCUCAAACAGCUGUUCAUCGGGUCAGAGGGCACUUUGGGGGUCAUCACGGCUGUCUCCAUCCUGUGUCCACGCAAACCAAAAGCAGUCAACCUGGCCUUUCUGGGCUGCUCCAGUUUCGAACAGCUGCUGGAGGUAUUCCAGUGCUGCAGGGGCAUGCUGGGAGAGAUCCUCUCUGCUUUUGAAUUCUUGGACAGUGCCUGUAUGAAACUGGUGGAGGAUCACCUGAGACUGACCAACCCCAUUAAAGAGAGUUCAUUUUAUAUUGUGAUUGAGACGGCGGGCUCCAAUGCUGCCCAUGAUGAAGAGAAGCUGCACAGUUUCUUGGAGGAGGUCAUGACCUCAUCAUUGGUGACUGAUGGGACAGUUGCUACAGAAGAAAUCAAAAUCAAGGCGCUCUGGGCUAUCAGGGAACGAAUCACAGAAGCCCUGAGACACGAUGGCUACACUUACAAAUAUGACAUCUCACUGCCUGUGGAGAAGAUCUACCAGCUGGUAGAGGACAUGCGAGAACACGUAGGAUCGAGGGCCAAGAAUGUUGUUGGCUAUGGACACCUGGGGGAUGGAAACCUCCACUUGAAUAUCACUUCGCCCUUUUAUGAUGCUGCUUUGUUAUCUGCCAUUGAGCCAUUUAUCUAUGAAUGGACUGCAAAUCAUCGUGGGAGCAUCAGUGCUGAGCAUGGCUUGGGAUUGAAGAAGAAGAACUACAUUCACUUCAGCAAGGCUCCUGAAGUGGUUCUACUCAUGGGGUACAUCAAAGCCAUUCUAGACCCAAAGGGAAUCCUCAACCCUUACAAAACCCUGCCAGACACUUGUCCAUGACAGAAGGACAGGAUGCUCAUGUUUCUUGCUAAUCCUUUGUGCUCUGCUCCCUUCUGGUCCUGUUAAUUACAUAUUUCACUUUUGAGAAGAACGUACAUGUGCUUUGCUCAAUAACCUUCUGCAAUCACCAGCUGUCUUCUGGUAACAUUAGCAAAAGGAAAAUAUUGAGUAGAAUGCAUCUUUCAAUCAGAAUGAUCAGUUCUAAUGGAGAUGGGACAGAAUUCAGUACUGCUGAAUGUAUCUUAAUUUAAAUGCCAUUUAAAUUUUUUUGGUACAAAUCCAUUAGAUUCCCGAUUUAAGAAAAGUUAAGUGCUUAACAAAUAUUACUUAAUUGUGGGUACAAUGCAGUGAAGCAUGGGCUUUGAGAUGGAUAAACUGCAUCACAUAAUUGUAAUGUUCUUAUUCUGAAAUGUUUUAAAAACCAUAGGGUGUAUUUAAUAUUACGUUAAAAAACUGCAGCAGAAAUAUGGCACUGAAUGCAAAACUUAUAGGAAAACUAAAAACUAUUGAAAUACCCAACAAUAAUAUGAAAAAUACAUUUCCUCUGUUUUAAAUUUUCAUUGAGUAUUGGGGUUCUGAGUACUGAGGUUCCAGUUCAUAUUAAGUUUUUCAAAAUGUGGGUCAGUUCAUUUUGAUUUUGAAAUAUGGUUUGUUACACUUGAUGGUGAUCCAUAAUGUAUAGCUGAUGUUCCAAAAACAUCGGAGACUCUGUCAAAGGGAAAAUGAGGACAAGUUGGGGUUGCAGUGCUGUGAACAUGUCUUUAUUGCAUGUAGAAAAAUCAAAUAAAGCAACAUAAUGUUUAUUCAAAGAAGUGUACCUCUUAAACAAGGACAACUAUUUCCUUCAAGAGCUACUAUAGAAAUAUUGUCUUCAUUCAUGUGAAAACAAGAAAGGUUGUGACUCUAGUAUCAGAAAAAGGGAACUUAAACUGCAGUUAACCAAUAGUUGCAUUAGAUGGCCCUUUUAUAAUUUUAAGACUGCAAAGAAUGCUUCUGUUUUACAUGUUAAAGAAAGUACUAUACCUUUUCUCUGAAGUGUUCCUAGUACUGCAGAAUACCACUACAGUCAAUUAACAAAGCAGCCCGAUAGUUUCAUCUUAAAGAAUGUAAGUUGUCAGCCUUAUUUCAUUUUAUAGAUUCACUAUGUUCAGAGGCAUGAAAGGCACCUAGCAGCUGUUUCCAUACUAUAAUAAAGAACAUGAAAAUUUUAA